AUGAAUUUGAGGUUGGAAUUUGCCGGCGGUGCUGAAUUAUUAUUUAAUAAUAAACGAUAUCAUGAAGUCACCUUUCCACCUAAAGAAACUUUAACGAUAUCAAUGUUAUUGAAAUGGAUUGUAGAAAAUUUAAUUGUUGAUAAAGAUCGAGCGUUCCUUUUGGUCGAGAAAGAAACUGUACGACCUGGCAUUUUGGUACUUAUCAAUGAUACCGACUGGGAAUUACUUUCACAGUUGUCAACUGAACUAAAAGAUGGUGACACAAUAACUUUUAUAUCAACUUUACAUGGUGGAUGA